AUGGUGGCAGGCGGCGCCGCGCGGCUGCUCCCGCUGCUCGCGCGCGCCGCCGCGGCCGGGAUCAGGCCGGCGCUGCCCGGGCGGGCGGGCGCGGGGCGCUGCGGGCUGCGUGCCGGGCGCUGGGGUGCCCUGGCCGCGGCCGUGCCCGCGGCCGUGCCCGCCGGGACCGGCUGGAAGGAGAGGCCGGGGCGGCGCGGCCCGGCGUGGGCGGCGGAGCGCGGCGCGGAGCGGCCUCCCCGGGGGCUGCUGCGGCGCUUGGGGCUGGUGCUGCGGCUGGGGGUCCGCGCCUGCGGGCUCCUGCUGCGCUUCGGGCCGCUGCUGCUGCUCUACCCGCUGAGCCGGCUGUGGCCCGGCAUGGGCGGGCGCUGGCUGCGGCUGCUGCGCAGGGCGGCCGAGGCCGCCGGCCCCACGUGUGUCAAGCUGGGCCAGUGGGCCAGCACCCGCAGGGACCUCUUCUCGGAGGCCUUCUGCGAUGAGUUUUCCAAGCUGCACGUCGAGGUGAGCCCGCACCCGUGGGCCCACACCGACGAGCUCUUGAGGAAGGCCUUCGGUGAGGACUGGACGGGCAUCCUGACGUUCCCGAGCCGGGAGCCGGUGGGCUCGGGCUGCGUUGCCCAGGUGUAUAAAGCCUAUGCUGACCUGGCUGCUAUCGCCGGCUCCCGGGCCAAGGAGCUGGAGCGACGCGCGGAGUUCAGGUCCGCCUUCGAAGCGUGGGAAGUGUCAGGAUUUAGAGGCCUCCUCGGGUGGCUGAGAAGGAGGAAGAGCGAGGAGAUACGGGAUGAGAGGAGCAGGGAGGAACUGAGUUCCGCAGAUUGCUCCCAGGGAAGUCCCGUGAGCAGGAUGUCCCUUACGGAGCAGAGGGCCAAGCCAGUACUGAACGCAAAUCCGACAUCAGCCAGACAUCUCAUGCCUGUAGCCAUUAAAGUCCUGCACCCUGGGCUGGUCCACCAAGUCGAGAUGGAUCUGUUUCUCAUGAAGAUGGGCAGCCGCCUUAUUGGACUUCUCCCUGGGUUCAAGUGGCUCAGUUUGACAGAGAUUGUGGAGGAGUUUGAGAAGCUUAUGAUGCAGCAGAUUGACUUACGCUAUGAAGCCAGAAAUCUGGAGCGCUUCCGACAGAAUUUCCUAGAUGUCGAUUUUGUGAAGUUUCCAACUCCCCUUUGGCCCUUGGUAACAGCAGAUGUUCUCGUGGAAACAUUUGAGGAGAGCGAGCCCAUUUCGCGCUACCUGCACGUGGAGAUUGGCACGGAGCUGCGGCAGAGACUGGCCAAGAUGGGCAUGGACAUGCUGCUAAAGAUGAUCUUUGUUGACAACUUUGUCCACGCCGACCUGCACCCGGGGAACAUCCUGGUGCAGGGCACAGCGCGGGAGCAGGCGGUGCAGGACCCGUGUGACACCCUGGUACUGGACCUGUGUGACACCUUGGUGCUGGAAGUGCGGCCGCCCCUGCAGCAGCUGCGCCUGGUGCUGCUGGAUGCGGGGAUCGUGGCGGAGCUGCAGAGCGCCGACAUGCAGAACUUCCGCGCCGUCUUCACCGCUGUGGUCCAGGGACAGGGGGAGAGGGUGGCAGAGCUGAUCCUCCACCAUGCCCGUGCCAACCAGUGCCAAGACAUCGAGCGCUUCAAGGCUGAGAUGGCAGAACUUGUGACCAAGGUCCGGGGGAACACCAUUGCCUUGGGAAAGCUUCAGGUGGGAAAUCUCCUCUCGAGUGUCUUCAAACUAUUGAUGACCCAUAAGGUGAAGCUUGAGAGCAAUUUUGCUUCCAUCAUCUUUGCCAUCAUGGUUCUGGAAGGACUGGGACGUUCACUGGACCCUGAACUGGACAUCCUGGAGGCAGCUAAGCCACUGCUCAUCAGAACUGCCCUCAAAUAGCUCGUGUGGCUGCUGUUCUCUUGCUGUGGGGGUUACCUGUGCUGCCUGGGAGCUGACACAGAGUGAAGCUGAAGGUGAGAAGUCACAUGUACCCCAGGGAUGUGAUGUGUAGUGGCUGCUCUCCACUAAUGCUGCCUUCAGUCAUUUCAGCCAAACACCAGGCUUCGGAUGAUCAGAAGGUCUAUUCCAGAAAGCAAGAAGAAUUUGCACAAUUGCACAUUUCCUACUCACAAUUCUAAGAGCUAAUGUGCUCUGGUAGUUUUUAAAAACAUCUUCAAAAAGAUGGUCAUUGAUCAAGUCUGUUUUAAAAUAUAUCAGGUUAAAUAUUUAAUUUCCUGACUUACCUGUCACUGUGGUAUGAGAAAGGAUGCUCUAGCAUCACUUAAGCAACACAUUCAGCCUGGAAAAAGCCAGUAAAACUGUUUGCCUUUUGUACUUUUAACUUCUACUUUUAUUGUAGAAGUGCAUCUACAAUAACAUCCUGCAUGUAGUCAUUUUGGAUGACAAAACCAGACUAUUUAAAUUUGUUUUCAAACUUCUGUACUCUCGUACAUUAUGAUAGGAGUUUGGAUUACAAACAACAUAAUAAAAUAUUUACCUAGGCAGAAAAAAUUUAAUUCCAUAAUAAAAAACAACUUCUGGGAA